AUGAGUAGACUGCAGGAGCUUCACUUGGGUCUGAGUGAGGUGUUCCCCAAAUGUAGAAGCGACGCCUUUAGGACCCAGCUCGCCUCCUCUCCUGUCUCCUCGCUCCUCACUUCUCUCUGUGCACUUGCAGACGCACGCACCUCCUCCUCCAUCACCAGACCGUCUCCUCUCCAUCGCUCUUCUCUCCUCGCGUCUCACUCCCGCGGCUGUGACACAGCGGAAUCUGACGCGUGUGGAGGUGCCGACAUGUGGAGGCUGAUCUACUGCUUUAUACUGUCCCAUGUGUGGAUGGACAAGCUGCUGGUCAGCGCCAUGACCGACAUGAACAUCACUCUGUUCACCAGGAUCCUAGACCGACUGCUGGACGGGUACGACAACCGGCUCCGACCUGGCCUGGGAGACCGUGUGACAGAGGUGAAGACGGAUAUUUACGUGACAAGCUUCGGGCCGGUGUCCGACACAGACAUGGAGUACACCAUCGACGUGUUCUUCCGUCAGAGCUGGAAGGACGAGCGGCUCACAUUUCAUGGUCCCAUGAACAUCCUGCCCCUGAACAACCUGAUGGCCUCCAAGAUCUGGACUCCAGACACAUUCUUCCACAACGGCAAGAAGUCUGUGGCCCACAACAUGACCAUGCCUAACAAGCUGCUGAGGAUCAAGGACGAUGGGACCCUCCUGUACACCAUGAGGCUGACUGUCCACGCAGAGUGUCCCAUGCAUCUGGAGGACUUCCCCAUGGACUUCCACUCCUGCCCUCUCAAGUUUGGCAGCUAUGCUUACACAAUCUCGGAGGUGACCUACAAAUGGACCCGGAACGCCUCUGAGUCGGUGGUGGUGGAGGGCGAGAGCUCCAGGCUGAACCAGUACGAUCUGCUGGGACAGUCUGUGGGCCAGGAGACCAUCAAGUCCAGCACCGGUGAGUACACAGUCAUGACGGCACACUUCCACCUGAAGAGGAAGAUUGGGUACUUCGUGAUCCAGACGUAUCUGCCCUGCAUCAUGACCGUGAUUCUGUCCCAGGUCUCCUUUUGGCUAAACCGUGAGUCUGUGCCGGCCAGGACCGUGUUUGGUGUUACCACAGUCCUCACCAUGACCACUCUCUCAAUCUCGGCCCGUAACUCGCUCCCCAAAGUUGCGUAUGCCACAGCCAUGGACUGGUUCAUUGCUGUGUGUUAUGCCUUUGUGUUCUCGGCGCUCAUUGAGUUCGCAACCGUCAACUACUUCACCAAACGCGGCUGGGCCUGGGACGGCAAGAGCGUGGUCAUUGACAAGAAAAAGGAGCGUGCGUCCGUUAUGAAGAAGAACAACGCGUAUGCCGUCGCCGUGGCCAACUACGCACCAGCUCUGGGCAAAGACCCGUCGGGCUCGCUCCCCACUAUAGCCAAGGGGGGCGCCACCAACUCCACAUGCUCCCUCACAGACCCCUCCAAACCCAAGGGCCCCGAGGCCAAGAAGAGCUUCAACAGCGUCAGCAAGAUUGACCGUAUGUCGCGCAUCCUGUUCCCUGUGUUGUUUGGCAGCUUCAACCUGGUGUACUGGGCCACGUACCUGAACCGCGAGCCAGUGAUCAAGGACAUGGUUCCUUCGGCGUAA